CAUUUAGUUCAACCACUUCUGAGAAAGAGCCAUUGAUUUCCAUCCUUUCUGACAUACUACGACGAAGGACGACUAUCAGUCUGAUGGCGGCUCUGACUGAGAACAUGCUGACAGUCAACAUGUUACUGAGCCUCUUCUUUCUUCCAGGUGCUUUGGCUAACGACUGUGGGAUGAAUAUACCAGCCCUCUGGAUCACUACACCGAAUAACAUGGAAGCUCUGACUGGAUCUUGUUUGCAAAUCCCAUGUACCUAUAACCCAACGGAUCCUAAAUAUGACAGCAGUAAAACUAUCUAUGGAAUUUGGAUGAAAGGUGGUGUAAAUUAUCGCAAUGAAAGAGAUAAAGUUAUUUUUGACAGCAGUGGGUCAAUUAACAUCUUUUCACUUAUUAUUACUGGAAACCUGAAAGAGAAAAACUGCACCACUCUGUUUCCUAAUCUAACAACAAAUCACACAGACAAAUACUUCUUCAGAGUUGAGAACGGUGUCUACAAGGCAUCAGCUUGUGCUGAUCCUCUUCACAUAACAGUAAGAGAUUCUCCUUGGAGUCCCAGCAUUAAUGUUCCCUCUGACCUGAAGGAGCAUCAGUCUGUCACUGUAACCUGCUCAGCUUUCACUCCCUGUCAAAACUCAACUCCUGAACUCACCUGGAAUCUCCAACAAGACUCUCUCAGACAAACAGAGGAAAACACAAAUGGAACCUUUUCAACUAAAAUCCAGGAGAACAUCACUCUGUCAGACACACAUGAUGGAUACAACAUCAGCUGUUCUGCCAGAUAUCCUGUGAUUGGAGGAAACAAGACAGCAGAAACAGAAGUGACUCUCAGUGUUUCCUAUGCUCCUAGAAACACCUCAGCAUCCAUCAGUCCAUCAGGUUUGGUCUCAGCAGGUAGCUGGGUGGAGCUGAGCUGCUCCAGCAGAGCCAAACCUCCACCCAGCUUCACCUGGUUCAGGAACAGCGAACAUGGAGACAUUAAUGUAUCUAUGGGGAAGGUUUACAGCUUCAAUGUUACUGAGGGAGGAGAGUAUUAUUGUGUGGCUACAAACCGUCUGGGUAAUGAAACGUCAUCAGUUAUACUAGUUAUAACGAAAGGUGUAAAACUGUUGGUGCCCGUCAUCGUGGGGAUUAUUGUGGUCAUCUGCUUUCUUGUUUUUCUGGUUGUGUUUGUUUGGUAUUUUAUGUUCAAAUAUUCAGCGGCACAAAAGACUCAGAGUCAAAUGGACAUAGAUCUUGGUGUUCAGAAUCCAGCAUUUGAGCAAGAGGAAGAACUGCAUUAUGGGGAAGUCAAAGUAACCAGUAAGACACCUACAGUUUCACUUAAACCAGCGCAGGACAAUGAGCAGCAGGAGACGGUGUACGCACAGGUCAACGUGUCAACGCCAGAAAACCCUCCAACACAGGCUGACGGCGGCCCAGAGAAUUACUACACUGAAGUGAAGAAAAAAUAGUCUUUGUUGUGAGAUAAGAAUUUUUUUCUUUUGUUUUUUCUCAGCUCAGAAUUUCAAACAAAUCUUUUUUUUUUUUUUUUUUUU